AUGCACGCUAGGCUAGAAGGAGACCUCACACCUGCUCAGAAAGAGAAACUUGACAAGAACAUAGCACAGGAGACGAGGACCCGUUUCUUGCAGGAGGAUACGACUUUGAUCAUUGAAAAUUUGGAUGUGUAUAGCUGGACUGCUGCCUCAACAUAUCAGAAGCCUCAUCAGUACGUCCAGCAAACAGCUGUCGUCAAGCUCAACAGACAGCAUCCUGACCGUGUGAGAACAGUGUCUAAAGAUAUCGAGCAGAUCUCGGCUGUCUUACAUGCUUAUCAAGAUGCCCUCAACAACGCAAGCGUUGAAGACGCCGUGAAGCUCUACACUCAAGAUGGCAUCGUCAUGCCCCAACACUCGCCCUCGUUCGUCGGCAUUGCCAACGUGCGCAAGGCCUACGAAAGCUUCUUCGAGAUCAUCAAAUUCGAUGUCAAAUUCGACAUCCAGGAGGUCAUGCCUGUCAGCCCUGAAUACGCCUUCGCUCGUACUAACUCCGCUGGUACAACUGUCGUGAAAGGUCGUGGCAAAGGGAACGAGGCCAAUCAGGAGCUGUUCGUCUUCAAAAAAGUUGGCGGCGAAUGGAAGAUCGCACGCUACUGUUUCUCGACAACCAAUCCUCCUCCGAAGUAA